AUGGCGAAGAGGAAGCUUCCUGAAUCUGAUCUGGAAUCCGAACCUGAACACUCGGCCGCAGACACCCCCUCGAAGCGCCGGAGACGCACCGCACAGGCACAAGAAACGCUCGCCAAUGGACAUCACCACGAUGAGAACGGGACCCCAGCCACGAACGGGUCACCGGAGAAGCAGGAUACCCCCUCGCAAAGGAUCAGGAAACCCAGCGCAAAGGCACGGGCACUACUGGAAGCAGAGAACGAUGAAGGAAGCCCUACUCCCAAAGUCAACGGCCGGACUCUCUUCGCGACGCCCAGAAAGUCCAAGGAGAACGCUGCCACCGUGACGCCCUCGAGAUCGGUGAAAGCCAAAGCAAACCGCUCAGCAAAACGGAAGAGCGUACGACUCAUAACCGAAGCACAAACCCACGCGGACGAGGAUGUGGACGAGGAUGGGUUUCAAGGUCAAGAUGCGCGAUUAGCAAGAGCAAUUCUCGACGAAGACGAACAUACGGAUGAAGAAGAUAACGAAGAGGCAGAUUCCAACCGCAACGUCGAAGGCCUCAUCUCUGACGCUGAAGACACCGCAGCAGCGGCCACACCCACACCUACACCCAGAAAACGCGGCAGACCCAGGACCGCGACCAAACCCCAGCCCACAAAACCCGCGCGCUCACCAACGCCCGAAGGCGACAUCCCCCCGGAAGAACGGUAUUUCUACCAAACGCGACCCGGCGCGCCUCAAGUCUCGAGCAACCGUUUCAACAGCGUCAAACUUUUGACGCAAGAGGAAUACUUCGAGCAGAUCUCGUCGUGGAAAGACCCCCACGCGCCAGAGAAGGCCUUUCUGGCGAAACUCCACGCCCGAGCCUUCCCGCAAUGGAAGUUCGAACUCGACCAAGGCUAUAGCCUCUGUCUGUACGGCUACGGGAGCAAACGAUCCCUGGUGACUCGAUUUGCCGAGUGGGUGCACAAGAGAUGCGACUCGGCCACUGCACCCCAAAUUGUCAUCCUGAACGGCUAUAUGCCUAAACUCAACAUCCGGAACAUUCUCAACACGAUCGCAUCUGUCGCGUCAGCGCACGACCGUGAAGACGACCACGACCACGAAUACGACGGCCCCAAACUCACGGGCCAGCCCGAGGAAAUGCUCGAUACCCUCCUAGCACACUUGACCUCGAAUCCGCCACCGGGAGAAUUUCUUUACGUGAUGGUCAACUCGAUCGACGGCCCCUCGCUCCGCCGGUCGGGCAUGCAAUCCCUCCUCGCACGCCUGGCCGCCCACCGCGUCGUGCGGUUUGUCUGCACGGCCGACUCGCCCACCUUUCCUACGCUGUGGAACUCCACCCACCUCGAGCACUUCCGCUUCGUAUAUCAUGACUGCACGACCUUUGCGCCGUACGAGGCCGAGAUCGAGGCGGGCACAGGCACAGUCGACCAAGUCCACGAGUUACUCGGCAAGAAGAGAUCCCGCGCGGGCGGCAAAGAGGGUGUGGGAUUCGUGCUGAAAUCUCUACCGGAGAACGCCAGGAAUCUGUAUCGUCUGCUACUCACGGAGAUCCUGACGCUCAUGGACGAGGGCAUCAGCCCAAACCACAGGGAUGGCACCACCGCUGAUGGUGACGGUGACCCUGACGAGGGGGAGGAAAGCCGCGACGAAGACUCAGACUCCGAUUCCGGACCACCGACGCAGCCACGGAGAAAGAAGAGGCCAUUCCCCGUCAAAGCCAAAGCCAACGCCAACGCCAAAGUGCCGGAGCGACCGACCGCCGAGGAAGUCGGCGUCGAGUACCGCGCCCUGUACCGCAAGGCGUCCGAGGAGUUCAUCUGCAGCAGCGCCAUGAACUUCCAGUUCCUCCUGAAAGAAUUUCUGGACCAUCAGAUGAUCACGACUCGAAGAGAUGGCGUGACGGGGGCGGAGAUGCUAGGCGUGCCGCUGGGCAGAGAGGAGAUGGGGGGCGUGCUUGAGGAGAUUGUGUGA